CGCUGCCUGUGAAGUGUGCCUGCGUGUGCGCGUGCGUAAAACACGCAGCCUCUGCGCGACAUUUCUGACCCCCCGCGCGACUCGUCCACAGCUGCGAUCAUCAGACAGAGACGGAGGCACCUGCGCGUGGCGGCGCGUGGCUGCGCACAGUUUCUGCAGCAACUCAUGGAUUAAAGUGCGAGAUCAGGAGAACCCACGCACGCACGCGACACGGAGAGAGCGAGCGAGAGAGAGAGAGAGAGAGAGACAGAGAGAAGCGCGCACUCGAGCAGUAAAAGAAGGGUUGCUUUCAGUCUGUGGGACGCGCGCAGAUCCACAGCGCUGCUGGUGAGACAGCAGAGGAGGAGGAGGAGGAUGAAGAUGAAGAUGAAGACUCUCCUCGCUCUCACACAAACUUCUGCUCGUGCUCCGGAGGAGCCGCUGGUGGCCGCGUCCCAAUGUGAUGUAACUUUGUCUUAAAGACACAUUUGUGUCCUCGAGGACUGAGAGAGACAUCCGCUCAUGGACCUGAGACCAGCAGAGACACACGGACACGGACAGUCAUGAUCUGGGUCGCGGUUUUCCCCGUUUUGGUUUCGUGCGCACUCGGGAAUGAGACCGCGGACCAGGUUCCGUUCUUCCAUGGACAUGUGUUCGAGAACGCGCCCCCGGGAUCCCGAGUGAACGGACUGAGCGUCCCGGUAAAACGCUUCAACUCGCAGAGACUGUGCGGCGCUGACGGAUGCGGCACCGCGGCACAAGCGGCACAAGCGGCACAAGCGGCACCGCACUUUAAACUCCUCGGUGACGGCAGCGGGAAUUUCCGAGUGUUUGCGCAUCACAACCGGGGUCACGUUUUGCUGAAAACAUGUGCAGUUCUGGACCGGGAAGAACGCGCCCAGUACGCGCUGGUUCUGGGUCUGUGUUGCGGACAGAGCGCGGCGGCAGCAGCGGCGGCGGCGGCGGCGGCGGGACCUUCCCGGGAGGAGGACGACGAGUGCACGGUGGUCGCGGAAGUUGCGUCUAUCAGAGUGGACGUCCUGGACACCAACGACCACCAGCCCACCUUCCCCGGCGCGGACGUGAAGCUGAGCGUGGACGAUGCCACGGCGCUGCGCACCGCCGUCUACGCGGUCACCGCGCACGACGACGACAGCGGCAAGAACGCGGAGCUCAUCUACUUCGCGCAGCCAAAAAACGGGACUUUCUACGCGGUCCCCAAAACCGGUGAGAUUCUGCUGGUGGACUCCAUCCUGGGUCUGGAGGAGCCGAUCCGGUUCCAGGUGUUUGCCCGGGACCGUGGGUGGCCGCCGCGCACGAGUCAGAGCGUGUCCGUGGAGAUUUAUCCCAGACAGAGACCGGUGGUGAUGGCACGGAAACCGAACCCGCAGCAGGUGAAAGCAGCGGCAGCGCGGAGGUCCAGGUCCGUGCUGGACUCGGACAGUCCGGUACUCAUUAACGUGUCGGAGGACGCGGGGAUCGGGUCUGUGGUGAUGAACCUGAACCCGGUGAGGUUUCAGUCCGCCGCCUUCGAGCUGGUGGAGCCUGACGCGGAGAGUUCACCGGUGAGCGUGAGCCGCGACAGCGGGGAUUUAGUCAUUUCACGGCGGCUGGACAGAGAGACGGAGCCGCUGCUGGAGCUCAGGGUCAAAGUUCAGGAUAAACGAGGUCCAGACUGGUACCUGGUGCGAGUGGACCUGACUGUGACGGACGUGAACGAUAAUGUUCCCGAGUGGACCAUGGUUCCUGCUCCUUACCUGGCCGUGGUCUCACCUGAAGCUGCUGCAGGCUCGCUGGUCUACAAGCUCAACGCUGAGGACGGGGACGAAGGCAACAACGGUGAAGUGGAGUACUUCCUGUCUGACGGUGGCGACGGUCGCUUCGAGGUGGACAGGAAGAGCGGACACGUGCGCACCACGGGCCUCCCGCUGCAGCGCGACAGAGAGUACCUGCUGACUGUGGUCGCUGCCGACCGCUUGGGCAGCCGCAGCGCCCCCGCGGCCGUCUCCGUGGUAGCGGGAGCUCGACCGCCGCAGUUCACCAACGCCUCGUUCACCAUCGCCAUCCCAGAGAACACGCCGGAGGGACAGCCCUUCCUGGUCACACCUGCCGUGUCCUUCCAGAAGAGGCCAAUCAGCUACAGCCUCCUCAUUAAUCCCAGCAGCCUCUUCUCCAUCUCUGCGGAGACGGCCGAGAUCAGCCUGACCCGAGCCAUCGACUACGAGAGCGACCAGCAUCGCUAUCUGCUGCUGGUGCGAGCCAGCGAGGGCCAGGACAGCAUGAGCAGCGCGGCAGAGGUCAGUGGGAUCGCCAUGGCAACG